AUGGACAGUCUACGCCAUGACCUCCGCAGCACAAUCUCCCAACUGACCCCGGUACCUCCUGGCACGCCCAUCAACGGACUCUCGCCCAACCGCAGCCUCUUCCAAACAACCUACUGUGGUAGGACGCUUUUUGAUGGUCGCACAUUGCAACCACCUUCCCAGUUUGACAGGCAAAGUCCUCUGAACACGUCGCUGGAAGCUGCUGACGUCACUAAAAAUGUAUUGCUGACUUCAUUAGAUCUCGAAUGUCUCAAAGCGGAGAUUAUCUUGGGGAUAAAAGAAGAGUUAAGAUUAGUUCUACAGCAGACGAUGCAAGCAGCGGAGUGGAAACACACAACGCACAAGAUGUCUUCUUCUCAACGACAUCUAUCUUCAGUUGCACAUUCAGAUUCCCAGGGUUCGUUACCUCCCUACAGUUCUGACCUCUACCAUACUCAUCUGUACACGCAGCUUUGA